AUGGCGCUGAAGGUGCCAAACUUGGAGCUGAAUGAUGGGAAGUCAAUGCCGAUUCUAGGUUUCGGCUGCUACAAAGUCGGGGUGGUUCCUGGGUCAGCUGCAGGGGCUGCCGAUGCGCCCAAGCCAGCUCCAGCAAAGGGUGUCAUUGCGGACGCCCUCGCAGCCGGCUAUCGAUGCUUCGAUUGUGCACAGUUCUAUGAGAAUGAGGAUGCCAUUGGCGAAGCGUUCCAGGUCGCUGGCGUUCCCAGGGAAGAGCUCUACAUCAUCUCCAAGGUUUGGACCAACAAUAUCCACGAUGGCCCAAAGGCUGUCCGGCAGCAGUGCCUCAAGUCCAUCAAGGACCUAGGCUGCGGCUUCCUUGACCUUUACAUGAUCCACUGGCCGGUCCCUGGCAAACACGUGGAAGCGUACCAGGAGCUGGUGGCUUUGCAAGCGGAGGGCCUGAUCAAGUCCAUCGGAGUUUCAAAUUACACCGUCGAGGACCUCUCAGAACUUCAGGCUGCAAAACUGCCUCUCCCCGCAGUGAAUCAGAUCGAGAUUAACCCCUUUUUGUACCGGCAGAAGACCAUCGCGCAUUUCAAGGGACUCGGCAUACAACUGCAGGCCUACCGAGCACUCUGCAACUUUGGCAAGGCGGCCUCGCUCGAGAGCGAGGUCGUGGGUGCUUUGGCAGCUAAGCAUGGCCGUUCUGCAUCUCAGAUUCUUGGAAAGUGGUGUAUACAGAAAGGCUUCCAGCACAUACCAAAGAGCGAAAAGCGCUCCAGGAUGGAAGAAAAUGCGCGCCUCUUCGACUUCGAGCUGGACACAGAGGAUAUGGACAAAUUGGAGAACCUGACAACUCCAGCAGCGCUGGAAACCUUCAAGUCCUCCUACCUGAAAGGCAUCGUGCGAGACACGCCCUUGCAGGCCAGCGCAGAGGCCAUCAGGAAAGACAUCACCCUUGAGUGGCACAGCAUAGACGCACGGGCCGCCAAGUGCGUAGUUGCUGCAUUUCGAUUGUGCCGCGAAUUGGCUCGAAGCACCUGGGUCAGCCAACGCACAACGUCACACAACGCCACUGAGACUCUGCAGGCGGCAGGGGGCUGGACUUCCAAGAUGACGACGGAGAAGGAAAUGGACUUGUCCGGGGAAAAGCUGUCCGUCAGCGACUUCAGUCUCGGGAAAACGCUGGGAACUGGAGCUUUUGGACGGGUCAGGUUUGUGACGCACAAAAGCAGUGGAAGACAUUAUGCCUUGAAGACGCUGAAAAAGGCCGCUAUCAUCAAGAUGAAGCAGGUGGAUCAUAUCAUGAGUGAGAAGCAGAUCCUCGCAAAGCUCCAGCAUCCGUUCAUUGUGAACAUGUUUGGCUCCUUCCAUGAUCCUCGCUACAUUUACAUGGUCCUGGAGUACAUCGUUGGAGGUGAGUUCUUCACCCAUCUUCGAAAGGCUGGACGGUUCGAUAAUGAGCAGUCACUUUUCUAUGCAGCGCAGAUCACCUGCAUCUUCGAGUAUUGCCACGAGCUGAACAUCGUUUAUCGUGAUCUGAAGCCGGAGAACAUCUUGAUCAAUGCGGACGGCUAUGUCAAGCUCACAGACUUUGGCUUCGCCAAAGUCAUCGAGCACCGCACAUACACACUCUGCGGAACGCCGGAGUACAUUGCGCCAGAAGUGCUGCUCAACAAGGGGCAUGGCAAGCCUGUUGACUGGUGGACGCUAGGCAUCCUUAUCUAUGAGAUGAUUGUCGGCUAUCCCCCGUUCGUCGAUGAGGACCCGAUGGGCAUCUACCAGAAGAUCCUGGCUGGCAAGAUCACCUUCCCGAAGAUUUUCCACAAGGAGGCAAAGAGCUUGGUGAAGAAGCUGCUCACUCCCGACCUGGGCAAGCGCUUCGGCAAUCUGAAGAACGGUGCAGCAGACAUCAAAGAGCACAAGUGGUUCAAGGACCUUAGCUGGGAUGACCUGCUUGCGAAGAAGAUUGAGGCUCCCUUCAAGCCAGCAGUGAAGGGAGCGACAGACACAAGCAACUUCGAUGACUAUCCGGAUUCGGACCAAGAGCCUCCUGCAGUCAAUGCGUCUCAAGAUCCGUUCACCAACUGGUGA